GUUUGAUCUCGGCUGCAAACAUGCUAACCGUGGGCUCAACUUGCUGCGCAAAGAAGUGACCACAUACAAGUGUCGUUGCAGUUCGCUGCAAAGAUGGCUGGAACUUUGGUGAUACAGACACCGAUGAUCGGGCGAGAAGUUCUAGCCGCUUGGCGAUGACAUGGGACACAGGCGUCAUUCCCGGCGUCCUUCCUGCCUUCCUCCCAUUUAUGCGAUUGGCGCAUAUAUACCACACCCCUCGCUUCUCGCAUUCCUCUUUACGAUGUUCCUGCGGUCGACCGCGCUCGGCUCGUCAAACACCGUUGCUAUUGUGUUUAGUCCCCAUCUGAACCUCAGCGCGACGUUCAUUCCAAACAUACCUACAACCAUCCACUUUCUCGGUCGCUUCGUCGCGCCCUUGAAGCAUAUACUCACCUUCCCAUUCUUUCCAUGAGAUGGUUUCACCGCUCUCUACCAGCAACUUUCGUUUUACCAGCUAGCAUGGCCAAUGCGGCCCACUUGCGCAUGUCCGGUACAUCGCUCGACUUCAAUGCGCGUCCUCAGAACUUGGCGUCCAUGUCCGGCUCGUCAAAUCUUAGCAAUGUCGUCAAUAUGCGGUAUACAGUCAAUGCCACGCUGGGAGGAGAGUCGGUCACCCUCAUGGUUGAUACGGGCAGCUCGGAUUUUAUCGUGACGAAGCAGAUUCCCUCCGCAAGCGUCGUGAAUGAGCAGUACAAUGUCACGAUUGAGUAUGGAAUAGGGAAAGCUGCUGGAGGAGUAUAUUCUGCUACUCUGGAUCUCCUCGACACUUCUAUUUCCAACCAGUACUAUAUGUACGAUCCGAGCUCGCAGGCAGCUGGCGGCACGGAUGGUCUUCUUGGUCUCGGACCAGGCGAAGGCUCCAUGAUUCUUUCUCAAGCAAACAAUAAUGCAACUGCUAGUCCGCCGAUCGAUCGCAUAUUUGCCAUAAACAACAACACGGACAACUAUGUCGGGAUACACCUCGGACGUAGCAACGACACAAACAAUGCCUACCCCGGAGACCUCACAGUGGGCUCACCUCUUGCCGACUUCUCCAACGUCCUCAAUCAGCCAAAGCUGGAGGUUACUCAAGUGCAACAGAGCAUCCGCUCGUACCAGCACUGGCAGACCUAUCUGGAUCAGGAUGGAAUCAAGGGACCCGACGGCACGCGUAUUCCCAUGAAGUCCAGAGUGACUGGCUCUGAACACCCCAACAAGGCCAACGUCAUGCUUGACACUGGCUACACCUUUCCACAAGUGCCCGCUCAUGUCGCCAAGGCUCUCUACCAGGACAUACCAGGAGCUCAAUUGCAGAAUACUACCAUCGCUUCGGGGCUCUUGUGGACGCUUCCAUGUGAUCAGAAAGUAUCCGCUUCGUUUUACUUCGCGGGCGUAGAGUUCCCCAUUCACCCGCUGGAUCUCAACUUCAAGCCUGUGACCACGGACGUUGUGCCAGGCACGAAUGUGGAGAAUGCUAUCUGUUAUGGCGCAUUCCAACCGUAUGAAGGGAAUCUCAUGGUCGAUGGAGUCAUUGCCUACGACAUGAUUCUUGGGAUGGCUUUUCUAAGGAAUGUGUAUAUGUCCAUCAAUUACGGCCCUCCCUCGAAUCUCAACGGUGCCCCUACUCAGUCGUUCAUCCAGCUACUCCCCAUCACCAAUGCCACGCAAGCCUGCGGGGAGUUCUAUCAAGAACGCCAACCAGAUGCCGACAUUGAUAGCCUGUGCAGCGACCCGACACCGUCGAAACUCAAGAUCCCGGCAUGGGAGAUUGGCGUCAUCGUCGCGGCAUCCAUGGUAUUCCUUCUCACUAUCUCGCUGUGCUUUGUCUGCUUCAGACGUUCCAAGCAGUUCAAACAGCUGAACUUGCCCAACAAGCGGCACCGCGGAAAGGGAAUGUUUCCCCAAUUCCGAUAAAGACUAGGCAUUUUUCACAAUCAUUAUCAACUCUCAAUCAGGACAUCUAUCGCUCAACACCUCAGUCGACGCUCAUACAUUCAUUUUUUCACAUCUAUUUCUAUUCCUUCUUCAAAUCAACGUUGCAUGGUUCCAAUCAUUCUCUCGUUUUGC